UAUGAGUUGUAAAAGCGACCACUCUCUGGUUUCUACUUCUCUAGUCUCUACUACCGCGCUGCCUAUCCUAUAAUGUGAUGCUUCAGCUUCCUCCUGGCAAAGUUUGUGGCCUCUUUUAUCUCUACUACUCAAAAGGUUUUUCUUUUUGGAAUGAUUUGAAGUGAGAUCAGAUACUCACUGUACAGGCUGAACCAAAGACGGUGCACUGGUUAAAUUGAGGAGAUACCAAAUCAAAUUCUUGUGCUUUGGUUGAUGAUGCUUAAACUAUGGCCAGUAAUUUCCCUGCUAAUAUGUGGGUUGUUGUCCAAUAUAGUAGGUGCAUUUGUGGGAAUAAACAUUGGGACCGAUGUCUCAAACCCACCAUCAGCAUUGGAUACGGUUGCACUCCUCAAAGCUCAUCAGAUAACGCAUGUGCGCCUGUUUGAUGCUGAUGCUCAUAUGCUCAAAGCUCUAUCAAAUACCGGGAUUGAAGUUAUUGUAGGUGUCACGAAUGAUGAGGUGUUAGGGAUCGGCGAAUCCUCAUCAACAGCAGCAGCUUGGGUGAACAAUAACGUGGCUGCUUACAUGCCAUCAACUAAUAUUACAGCAAUUGCGGUGGGAAGUGAAGUCCUAACUUCAAUUCCAAAUGCUGCAUCGGUUUUAGUUCCUGCACUGAAUUACCUCCAUAAAGCCCUGGUUGCUGCUAACCUAAAUGAUCGAGUUAAAGUCUCGACGCCUCAAUCAAUGGACAUAAUUGCAAAGGCCUUUCCCCCAUCCACCGCCACUUUCAAUUCGUCAUGGAAUUCCACGGUUUUUCAGAUCCUUCAGUUUCUAAGAAGCACAAACUCGUACUAUAUGCUAAAUGCUUAUCCUUAUUAUGAGUAUGUUCAGUCUGAUGGUAUCUUUCCGAUCGAUUAUGCACUCUUCCAACCUCUUUCCUCAGUCAAACAAGUUGUUGAUCCAAAUACCCUUUUCCACUACAACAGCAUGUUUGAUGCCAUGGUGGAUGCUACAUAUAACGCUAUUAUGGCCUUCAACUUUUCAGAUAUCCCUGUUGUAGUGACAGAAACUGGUUGGCCAUGGUUUGGCGGUACAAAAGAACCCGAUGCUACUUUAGAAAAUGCUGAAACUUUUAUUAAAAAUUUGAUUCAGCGUGUUUCAAAUGAUUCUGGACCGCCUAGUCAGCCUGGAAUUCCCAUUAAUUCUUAUAUAUAUGAGUUGUUUAAUGAGGACAAAAGGCCUGGACCUGUCUCUGAGAGAAGCUGGGGUAUAAUUUUUCCAAAUGGGAGUGCAGUUUAUCCCCUAAAUUUGGACGGUUUGGGCAACAUUUCUGAUAAUUCUUCUGCAGUGUUCUGUAUAGCAAAGCCUGGGGUAGAAGCUAAGAAGCUGCAAAGUGGACUUAACUGGGCAUGUGGGCAAGGGCAUGCUAAUUGCUCCGACAUUCAACCAGGAAAACGUUGUUAUUUCCCCGAUAAUUUGGAAAACCAUGCUUCUUAUGCCUACAAUGACUAUUAUCAGAAAAUGCAUACUCUCGGAGGAACUUGUGACUUCGAUGGCACAGCAACCACCACAACAAGGGAUCCCAGUUAUGGGUCUUGUAGCUUUACUGGAAGUUCAAAUUCAAGUAUAGCCGGUGUGUUCCCUUCCACUGCAUUAGGGCCUGCAAGCCCUGUAACUGCUAAAGGUCGGAGGACUCUAGCUCCUGAUCUCGGGAAUAUUUUGGUGAUAUUUCUUGCGGUGUUGUUGCUCGAGGUAAAUGUAAUGUCGAGAUCUUGAUUCCAAUUGUGCUUUGGUAAUUGGUAUACUAUCUUAGGGAUUGAUUUUAGAUGAUUGAAGUAUUCUAUUCUUUUGCCACUGAGUUUCUUUUCAUUGAAAUGGCUGUUUUGUGCACAGUUCCAUCUUUGAAGAUCAUUAGCUUGCUUUGGUAGUUUGGUUGUGAUUUCCAUUUCCUUUUUGUAAUGGAGAAAACUCAAAAUAUUGUUCUUUGAAUCUUCAUUUAAUCAUUUCUUGCUCUCUGU